AUGCCCUUCAUUUCUCCAGCUGAUAUCAAGGUCACGUCCCGUCAGAUUCCCCGAUGGGACCAUAUCCCUAACACUUCCAUUCACUCCAAACCCCUCAUGAUUUACCAUCAAGCCUUCAAUGCAUCGUCCAGUGACCUCGCCGCUCGGUUCGAGGAGGUCGGCGAAGUCAUGCCACAGUGGGUCUAUAGCAUGUACAGACAAACCCACUAUCACAGCACAACCCACGAGGUUUUGGGCGUUGUCGACGGCCGCGCUCGCCUUUGUUUCGGCGGAGAAAGGAAUCCGGAUCGCUUCGAGCCGACCGUCGAAAAAGGCGAUUUAAUCAUCGUCCCCGCUGGCGUGGGCCAUCGAUUGCUUGAAGAUAUUGGGAAUGGACGGGAGUUCACGAUGGUUGGGGCCUACCCCCGGGGCAAAGAAUGGGACAUGUGCUACGGGCAGCCAGGCGAGGAAGACAAAGCUCGCAAUAUCCAAGCGUUGGAUUGGUUCCAGAGGGAUCCGUUGUUUGGAUCCGAUGGCCCGGUGACGCAUGCUUAG